UAUAAGUACUAUGCGUGGCCCAAUAUAAACGAUUCCUCCUUGUCCCUCCUGUUAUUUCUUUCUUAAUAAUAUCAGUCUAUACCAACGCAUCUUAAUAUGCAGAACGGUGACCACGUCCGAACCGAUAGCGGUCACUCCUUCUCGCAUCCUGGCCUCGUUCUCCCAACCCAAUCUGUCCAGAAUCAGAUCCAUGAGUUAGCCAAGACCCUGCCGCCUCCAAGGAAGCAAAAUACAGCUUGUGAUGCUUGCAGGUCCCGGAAGGUCAAGUGCAAUAGACUUCCUGGCCAAGACAAGUGCCAACAUUGCUUGUCCAAGAACUAUCCUUGCACCCAUUUCGUCCAACAGGCAACUAGCGAAAAGAAGCGUAGCGCUGCCGCUCGGAGGCCGAGAAAUAUAUCAACAAGCUCAAGUUCAUCGCCCAUCGGUGAACAUAACAGCCCCCCUUGGGUUAAAGCCGCAUUUGGUCCAUGGAAUUCAGGGCGCCUGCCAAGUUAUGGCGGUCUCAACAUGCAAAGCACUACUCCAACGCUUCUUCAUCACCUGCUUGCUCCGCCUGAAAGCGACUCCACCUUUAUAUUCAAAUCACGGUCACCAGGCUACGCCACAUGGGGAGACAUGGCAUCCAAACUUGAAGAUGAAGCCUUCCGAGCAGAGUUCGCCCUCGACCUAGUUGAAGUUUAUUUCCAGAUAGUCCAUACCCGUCUUCCUCUUCUCAACCCCUUACAGUUUCGCGCGCGAUUAAAUCUCCAGGCAACGCAACAAAGGCCCGCGAUUGCAAAGCAGGAUGAACCAUUACACCCAGCCCUUAUCGCAACGGUACUUGCCUGGGGUGCAAAAUUUUCUGAACAUCCCCUUCUUGUGGCAGAUCGCGAAAGAAAUGGUGGACAAAGUCUGCUCGCCAGAUCACUCAUCGAGCGCACCCGAGAGUUGGCCGAGUCAUUAAAAGUACAUCGCAUACCAAAUCCACAUCAUGUCGUCAUCUCUUUACUUAUCGAGCCUCUGCAAUGUCAGGACCCACGACAUGACAACGGCUUCCAUGGAUUCUGGCUCACUAGCGGGAUACGUAAUUUGCUUGGACUACAAAUCAAUCACAAAUCUGUGAUGGCUGAUAUCAAAGAUCCCGAGGCGCGCGGCACCAUGAUUUUCGCUUGGUGGAUGGCUUGUCUGUCAGACGCCUUCUCCUCAUUUUACUACCGCCGGAAGCCUAUGCUUGAUGACGACGACUACGAUAUCGACUUCUACACGGCGGAUCAGAAUACCCAGGAGGCUACCGACCCUACGGCACCAUCCCCCAGAGAACAACUUGAGUUUUUGGGGUACUACCGAGCUGCACACGCCCUUGCUCGGAUCUCACGGACAAUUGCUCGCCAACUCUGGAGGCCAUCUACCGACCAAGACGGCAUUCCUCUUGAUUCUGUCCUGUCGUACAUCUUGGAUCUGAGCAAAUGGAGAGAUGCUCAUUUGUCCAAGGUUGGAGUGCCUCCUAAUUUGGAGGCCAAUUGGGAUUUCGUAUCUGCUGUCUCUGCGUGUGCAAGUGAUGCCCAGUAUCACGUCACUUGGGUAGCCCUUUUCUUUGCGAUGGAUGAAUUUGGCAUUCGCGACGAUGCCUUCACACCAAGUAGUAUCAAUCAGGUGGAGACUGCAAAACGUAAAGUAAUGGAAGAAGCUCUGCAAGCUUCCCUGCGCAUUGCGGCGCUCGCUGGAGUCCUUACUUCAAACGGCUACUUGAAACUGGACCCCGCGGUCAUGCAUGUUAGUUGUAUCAACGCAGGAAAUUUGCUUGCUCGGUUAGGUCGUCCUGAAGUGUCCCAAUGCAUCAAGGCUUUGGAACAAUACAGCUAUGCGUACGAAGAGACCAAGGAACAUGCGCGGGACAUCAGCCGUGAAUAUGAGGUUGCACUGCAAAAGGGUCCAAAUAAUUUCCAUGAAAUGGCUAGCGCCAUCAUCCCUUCUGCUCGUGCCUUCCAUGCAGAGGCCAUGAGCGUCGACGCAAUAACCAACGGCAACGGCAAGCACCAUGGGAAUACGUACAUGUCAAUAUAAAGUGUUGCCGCGGGCUCUACAAGUCCUGUAUGAUAUUAUUCUCAUCCUCGCAAACCAGUCACUUGUUGUCCCCUUAUCCACGGGUUGUUGUUUUACUUUUAGAUUGCCUUCUCCCAGCACUUCUUCAUCCACAUGGACUCACAUCUUCCAUUAUGUAGUUAAUUCAAGCCUGCUGUUUGGUUUAUCAUGUUGUAUAUGCAGACUAAAUACUACGAUGUACUGUAGCAGGAUACUCAGUACCAUAGUGAUACCCUUUCAUCACAGGCGAACACUCUUGAUAACUUUGGAUAUACCAGACUGCUCGCCUGUGUAUUUCGAGGCAUCGCCAAUACCACCUUUGUAAA